AUGUCAGAGAUUUGUUCAACAAGUUGUUGGCAAUAUGCUAUUGAUAAUCCAAAUUGUUUUCCAAAGAUUGGAUUUACAAAAGUUUGCUUUAUGAGUGGAAAUUACACAUGUGCUUCAUCAUCUGGAUUUACUAUUUUAUCUGAUGAACUUUCUUUUAUAAAUUAUGGUCUUUAUCACCCAGAUGAAAUAAUUGGGAAAUUUAUAAAAAUAAAAGGAAAUGAAUAUAAAGUAACCAAAGCUACAAAUUCAAUUAUAAAUUUAUCAAAUUCAAAAAAUGGAAGGGGUAUUUUUAUAUAUAGAUCACCACCACUUUUAUUUAUAGGUGUAUAUAAUGAUGCUUUCAGAUUACAUGUUUACCAAAGAGAAGAGUGGUUUAAAAAUAUACAGGAAAUUAUAAACGGGGUUGUAUUUUCAAUUACCAUUGGGACAACUUCAAAGGUUCACGAAAUUUUCAAAAAUAAAAACAAUAAUAAAAGGUGA